GGAUUCUUCUUGCAUGCCUGCUAUAUAUGCACCUAUGAUCCAAUCCAUUAUUAUUCCAGCUUCUGAUAAUUGUUUGGUUAAUUUCUAGAGGGAUCAGGAAUUGACAUGAUGGAGCACGAGGAGCAGGAUGAGCAGCGCGCCAUGGAGCUGCCGCCGGGCUUCCGGUUCCACCCGACGGACGAGGAGCUCAUCACGCACUACCUGGCCAAGAAGGUCGCCGACGGCCGGUUCGCCGCCCUCGCCGUGUCCGUGGCGGAUCUCAACAAGUGCGAGCCCUGGGACCUGCCAUCGCUGGCUCGGAUGGGGGAGAAGGAGUGGUACUUCUUCGUGCUCAAGGACCGCAAGUACCCGACGGGGCUGCGGACCAACAGGGCGACGGAGGCCGGGUACUGGAAGGCCACCGGCAAGGACAGGGACAUCUUCCGGGGCAAGGCGCUGGUCGGCAUGAAGAAGACGCUCGUCUUCUACACCGGGAGGGCGCCCAAGGGCGAGAAGUCCGGCUGGGUCAUGCACGAGUACCGCCUCGACGGCAAGAUCCACCCAGCCGCCGGCACCAGCCGUGGCAGCAGGACCACGCCCAAGAACGAGUGGGUGCUGUGCAGGGUGUUCAAGAAGAGCCUCGUAGAUGCAGUGUCGUCGUCGUCGGCGUCCGCGUCGUCGGAAGCCAAGAAAGGAGGCGUGGGGAUGGAGCAGAUCGGGUCCUCCGUGGCCGCCGUUACACCCCUCCCUCCGCUCAUGGACAUGUCCGGCGCGCCAUUCGACCCGGCGGCACACGUGACCUGCUUCUCCAACAACGCGCUGGAGGCGGGCCAGUACUUCAACCCGACGGCGACGGACCAUCACGGUGGCACCUCCCCGUUCUUGGCGAGCUUCACGCAGUACGGCGGGCAGCUGCACCACGGCGCAGGCCUGAGCCUGGUGCAGCUCCUGGAGAGCACCGGGUACCACCACCACGGACAGCUUGCGUGCAAGGGCGAGAGGCUGAGUGCGUCGCAGGACACGGGACUCACCUCCGACAUGAACCCCGAGAUCUCCUCGUCCUCCGGCCAAAAGUUCGACCACGAGCCCGCGCUCUGGGGCUACUGAUCAACCAAGCUCCACGAGCCCGCUCGUUCAUGGCGGUCGACCGAUUGGUUACCAGUGCAUUCACCUUGGCUGAAUUACUGUAAAUAAACCUGCGAGAUCGAGCGAGCUGCUAUGAUUAAUUAGCUUCAUUAUGGUCUGUAUAGUUGUAGAUUACUGGUGUGGUGAUUUGAUUUGGGGGUGUAAUUAACAUUAUUGUAUUGAGAUCCAUCGAUCGAUAGAACUACUAGUUCAUUA